UUUGCAUAGCUCCGUAUCGGAGCUUUUCAGCAUAAGCGACACUCCAUGUAAACGCGCCUAUAAAAGGACUUUAAACUUCAAUCACGUUGUCAGUUCUUGCAUCUCACAGUGAUUAUGACGAUACAAUUUUUUACACAUCUUAACAAAAUUUCUAUUAGAAAUCAAUUCGAAAUGCAAAAUCGGGCGUUAAGAACACUGACCAACAAAGUUAUCGAACAAUUUCGGAAAAUUGAUACCGCCAAAUAUUCGACCGCCAUGAGCGCAACAAAUUACGAGACACUCUUGAUCACCGUGCCGAAGGAAUUUGUGUAUCAUGUCGAACUCAAUAGACCUGCGAAACUUAACGCACUUUCGACCAAAAUGUGGCUCGAGUUCAACAAAUGUUUCGAAGAACUCGGAGAAAAUCCCGAUUGUAGAGCGAUCGUUUUGUCAGGGGCUGGUAAACUUUUCACAGCCGGUCUCGAUUUGCAAGAUGCUGUGACACUCGGACAAAAAAUUACAGAGCACAAUGAUAUUGCAAGAAAAGCUAAAGUCUUCAAAGGCAUCAUUAAAAAUUACCAAGAAGCUUUCACGGCUUUGGAAAAGUGUGAGAAGCCAGUCAUCGCCGCUGUUCACAAUGCCUGUAUUGGAGCUGGGUUGGACAUGAUAUCGGCAGCUGAUAUUCGUUAUUGUACCAAAGAUGCAUGGUUUCAGAUAAAAGAAGUUGAUUUGGGAAUGGCUGCGGAUGUUGGAGUUUUACAAAGAUUACCAAAAAUCAUUGGGUCGGAUAGCCUUGUCAGGGAACUUGCCUAUACCGCGCGUAAAUUUUUUGCUCAAGAAGCUUUGGAGUGCGGAUUUGUAAACCGUAUCUUUGAGAACAAGGAACAACUUCUGUCCGAAUCGUUCAUAAUCGCUGAGGGAAUAGCGAAAAAGAGUCCAGUGGCGAUUCAAGGCACGAAAUUGAGUAUGGUUUACUCGCGAGAUCACACAGUGCAAGAAGGACUCGAUCACAUAGCACGACGGAACGAAGCGAUGCUGCAGAGCGAAGACUUUUUGAACGCGACGAUCGCGGCCGCAACAAAAGGAGAUGCUCCUGUUUUUUCCAAAUUAUAAUUUAAACGUAACCAUUCGAUGAUGAAUUUUUUUGCAUUUUUCUAAUAACGAAAACCUGGGACGAGAAUUUUAUAAACGAAUAAUGUUAACAAUCGUUAAAGAAAACUUUAAAAAUAUAUAUUAUUUUCCAUGA